UUGCAUUGUAGGCUGUAUUCUGCAUCGGGGAGUAAACCUCGCCAGGUCAUUAUGUUGACACGAUGCUCCAAUCACUUGUGCCAAGCCCAACACUUUCCCGUUGUUGAGAGCCUCCUGAAUUAUGCUGCCGUGCAGCCUUACGUGCAUAAUUGUUUUGUUACCCUACAUGAAGGGAGACACAUUUACCAGUUUUGCGUCUUCUUCAAGCGACACUGUCGUCUGGGAGUCAACCCCCUUCUUAGCAGCAUAGAACACAUAUUCCGAGGUGACGCAGUUGUG